CAGCUGUGUAUACGUAUACAUGUACACUUGCACGCACACACAAGUGAACCAUAUCAUACAUAUCUACGGUUAUAUACAUUAACUAUCGGCUAUUAUGGACGAAACGAUGGAGGAAGCACACCCCUAUGUGGUCUUUCCAGGAAUGAUACCACCAGCCUACUUAGCGUCUCAGCUGCCCUUUCCCGCCCCUCUUCCUUUAGAUGGGCCAGGGGUGGGUGCACCGAGCACAUCGAUACACUCCAUAUUAAGAAACGAUGCACAUGUAACCCCACAUAGCCUUGCAGUAGUAGGUGACAUGCUGGCAAGUGUGCAUGCACGUACGAAUGGAUUGCGUAUGCCUAAUGCUGUACCGUUCAGUGGUGUGAAUGCUAAAUCUGCAUCAACACCGAGAGUGAUAUCGGCUGUAAUGCAGAAACGUCCGGGUGUGUUGAACGCGAUUGCAAGGGAACGUAAUACGGAAGUGCGUGGAAUGCAGCGUAACAGCACACAUACAAAUCAGAUGAGCACGGAUCAAUCUAGUCACUUGUCACAUGAGAAUGUACAUGUACAGCAGUCACAGAGACAAAACUACCAGCAACAGCGGCAACACCCACAGAUGAAGCAAGAAGGUGGUAGCCACCGAGAUAUGCAGCAGGUGCAACCCCAGAAACAACAGCAACAGCACGGUUCUAGCGCAGGACCUCAUUCUAGAUACAAUAACGGUGGUAAGACGACUGCGGGGGAAAGCGGGUAUAGGCCCUCCAGUGCAGGUUAUAGAGGAUCACACACAAGCACGCACAAUCAGACACACGCUCACGCGCAUCAUCAAACCCAGAACUACAGUAACAGUACUACGAACACACACGCAAGUGCACCUGUGCACUCGGAAAACAAUAUGUCGUUGAAACAUGAUCCCAAUAACCCACGCGUAAUACAUACAGUCAAGCAGGAGAGACCGCCCCAGCCCCACGAUCGUCACUCGCACGGUGUGCAUGCACCUGCAGUCAGGAGUGAGGUAUUGGAACAUACCAACACCCAUGCGAAACACCACAAGUAUCCCAGAGACUCGGGUAGUGCGUGUAUGCUGGGUGCUAUUAGAGAGCAGCAGGGCGUUUCGCCUGGGUAUGGGCCCAGCCCUGUACCCAUAACCAUUCCACCGGAGUUGGAACAGGUGACCGCAGAGUUUCGCCCGGCUAAUGCGUAUGUGGAGAACCAUGCACCCCACAAACAGGUACACAGCGCACACGGUGCACGUGAAGGUGUACAGCCUGUGGACAAGGAGGAGGAGGGGCGACAGGUGCUGCAGAAGGGUCUGAAGCGCGAUCAGGCACACAUGAAAGGUACCCAUCAAACGCCGCAGAAGCCCUCUAAAUCAGCUAAGCUGAGCAGGCGCACAUCUUCCUCCAAGAAACGCGAUGCAAACUUCGAUGGCACGAGAUCGGGUGAGAGUACCCCACGGAAACCUCCGCAAGAGAAGACGCACGUCAGAGAUAACACAACACCUGGGAGCAAAAACUUCGGCUCCAUAAAGAAACGCGUGGAAGCAAUUAUCUCCAGUGACUCCAUGCGCUAUGCUGAAACAGGCGAUAUGACUGACUUCAGAAGCCUACCUCGAAAGAGCCUGACUGAGUUAAGGCUUCAGCUCACUUUACAAUCGGCGGUGCUGCACCGCAUUGCCAUGGAUGAUCUGUCACAGUUGGUGUACCUCAUGGACCGGCACAUCACCGCCAAACGUGAAGUGAAGUUGAACUCGGAUUCUCCCGAUCACAACUUCGAGGAAGUAUUGGUGGGAUUGGAGGCAGCGCAUAUCAUUCUCACUCUAGUGACCGCACCCAGCAUCCCCAUUGAGAUAUACAUUGAAGACUACCUAACCAACGCUCUGCACUUUGUCAAACAUCACAUUACCAAGACUUUGUUCCGGCCACAUCACAAUACGGACGCGUCAGAGCCGAAACAGUCGAAAAAGAAAUCGAAUGCCAACUCCGCCCCAAAAAUCAGUGCUCAUGCGCAGCGGCAAAUAUCCACGCUGUACACGCGGUUAUGUGUUGUGAUGGAGCGGUUCUGCAAUCUCCUGUCUCUUCAGAACUGCACCGACGAGUUCCUUCUAGAGAUUACCACCUUGGCGUUAAACAGUUUCACGUACGCGCCCGAUGACUUGUGCGUCAGGACCAUCGACCUCGCCGAGCUGCAGGGCAUCAGUCUGCACUUGGUUUGUACGGUGACAAGGCGUUAUCAUCGCCACCGAGAGAACGUUAUGUACGACAUUCUGAUGUUCCUGAAUAAACUCACCACGGCCAAGAAGAACCUGCGCACAUUCCGAGCCAGUGGUACACAAGCACUGAGCCUUCCCACGCUGAUUCAUGAAUGGAAAGAGACACGAUGUACAUCAGCUGGUGUCGCAAACUAUACACGAAUUAUCUACAAAACUAGGCAAACACCAUUGCAUAAAGCCGAUAUGUGA